CAUCAUAUAUACCUUCAAACCAAACCAUUUUUCUGCUCUCUCUAUUUCUCUCUAUUUCUCUCUAUUUCUCUAUAACAUACACACACUUACAUGCAUAUAUAGAUCAUAAAGUUUGGUUUUUGAUUUGAGGGGUUUCUCAGAAAAUCUGAAUAAUGGGGAGAAAGUGCUCGCAUUGUGGAGUGAUAGGGCACAAUUCAAGGACCUGCACAUCUUUGAGAGGCUCUUCUUUCGUUGGGCUUCGUCUCUUUGGCGUGCAAUUAGACACUUGUGUUACCAUCAAGAAAAGCUUCAGCAUGGACUCUUUACCCUCUUCAUCAUCUUCCUCAUUUUCUUCUUCAAGAUUAACCAUUGAUGAAAACUCCGACCGAACCUCUUUUGGGUAUCUCUCAGAUGGUCUCAUAGGUCGAGUUCAAGAGAGAAAGAAAGGAGUGCCAUGGACAGAAGAAGAACACAGAAUAUUCCUUGUCGGAUUGGAGAAGCUGGGAAAGGGUGAUUGGAGAGGAAUCUCCAGAAACUUUGUGACAACAAGAACUCCAACACAAGUUGCAAGCCAUGCUCAGAAGUACUUUCUCAGAUUGGCAACUAUAGAUAAGAAGAAGCGACGUUCGAGUCUCUUUGACGUGGUUGGUAGCAACAACGUUGGAGGUUGUCAUGAAAAAGAUGAGUCGAAAUGUGAAGUUAAGAAUAAUGAUGCGACUCUGUCGUUGCUAGGGCGCAUAAGCUACUUUGAACAAGAAACGAAAUCAGAUUAUAAUAAGAAGCAAGAAAAGCUUCAUCAAGUUCCUAAUCUGGAGCUUACUCUUCGUUCCUGCUUGGGACAAUUAGUGUGACUUAUAUAAAUCAGUGAUGUGUUAUAUAUAAAUGCAUAUAAAAAUUGUCUCAGGAAUUAUUAAUGUACCCUUUUAUCUGUUCUCAAGUGUCAACUCAUAUGGUCAAAGAAACACAUUGUUCUUUGCAGCAAUUGUAGUGAUAGUCGUUAUUAGUCCCUAUUAUCUGUGGAAUAAUCAGAUCCUUUAUAUAUAAUGGUUGACUAAAAUUAUACAACA